AUGAACAGCGGGAGGGACUCGUAUUCAAGAAAUAUGGACGGCGGGGGCGAGCGUUGGUCCCAGCAGCUGGAGAACUCGCAGGACUGGGGGACGCAGCUCUUCUGCUCCCAGGACUCUCAGCGUCACCAGCAUAGGGCGCCUCAUUCUUUCCUCAUGAGUAGCAGCCAGGGGGCGCCGCCGCGGGUGUCGGGAGGGCCCGGGCGUGGCGGUAGCGGGGCGCCCACUCCUCCCCCUUCCGAAGCCAAGGACCUCACCCUCGCUAGGGAUAUUAGGUUCGGCCUCCACACCAUCAUUUCCGUGAUGCGUGACCUCCCGGACCAGCUGCGCGAGAUCUCGGGUCAGGUCAGCCGGUCGUCGCAACAGCCCGAGGAGACGAACCGGGUCGUGAGGGAGACGAGCGAGAGGCUGCAGGCGCUGGUGGAGGGACUCGAGGCCAAACUCACGCUCCUCCUCGAGAACAAGGAGAAUCUGGAGGGUGUGAGGCAGGCAGUGCUUCAGGUGAGGGGGUCUGUGGCGAGUGGAACGGAGAACAGGUGGCGCUGCUCGUCAGGAACCUCGACGAAGGAGCUGGAAGGACGAGAGGCGUGUAGAGGAACAAGCCCGGUUGGGGAGCUUACUCGAAGCGACCAAGAAGGAGGUACGGAAGGAGCUCAAGAAGUUACGGAGGCCUUCCAGGAUGCUGAGAGUUCCAAAGGUACAGGAGCCUCUCUAACUAACAUGGAAAAGGACAUUACUCAGCUUAACGAGAAAAUGAAAGACAGUUUUGCCCAGUUACAGACAGCGUUCACCCAGCAGUAUAAGUCGUCGGGUGUUCACCUUGAACAGUUCUUCUCGCAAACCACAAAGGAAAUGCAGCAGGUUCAGGCGGCCAUGACGAAUCUGAGUGAGAAAUUGGGCAAUCUUUCGAGGGAAAUCGGCGUUCAGGUUCAACAGGCGGUGAAGGAGGCGCUGCUGCAGAGUCCCAUGGCUGGUGCUGGCAACUUUAUAAGUCCCGUUCAACGCGCUUUCUCAGGUCCCCGCCCCAUGCUGCCCUUCGCUGAGAGCGUGUACCGGUCCCAGGUGUCCCCCGUGGCCCAGGUGCACCCCCAGAGAGCCCCCGUCGCCCCACCGCCGCAGGACCAGGAUGGAAAACCGGCGCCGAGGAUGACCCAGCCUCCCGCGCAGGCCACGACGCAUCCCGGAGGAGUCCCGGAGCCGAGGAAGACGUCGGGCAAGCAGGAAGCCAAGGCGAGAGGGAGGCAGACGCGGCUGUCGCAGGAACACCCGCGCGACGAUGCGGCGUCUUCCCAAGGGCGUCCCAACAGGAAGGUGGAGUCGGGCGUUUUCUUUGCCGCGAGAGAUGGCGUGGACAUCGCCGGGACCGAAGACCCUGCGGCUCUGCUGAGGUCUCGCCUGGAGGACAGCACUCAGCGGUUCACUCCGGAGAAGACAUUCUUGCUGACCGAUUCGCCGGGACAGGAUACGUUGAUCCUAGAGUACGACAGCAGCAGCUCCGGGGAUUCCCCAGUGCUCGUACGCAAAGUCGGGAACCAGCGAUCAGAUGACUGGAUCGAGCAGAGCGUCUCGGAAGGCGAGCGAGGCCGAAGCCCCCUCCCGCAAGGAGCCCACGACCCGCCCCCUCCCCGCCCUCACAGGGGGAUCUAUCUCGGAGGCGGAUGCGAGAAGGCCGGCAUCGUCAGCGGGCACCACCCCCAGGACGCCCUCGCUGUGUUCACCGUGCCCGAGGACCCUCCCUCCGGCAAGAGGAAGAGGGGCGCCGAGGGGGACGAUAAGGAGUCGUGUUACCUCUUCACGCCCGUCGCCAACAGCUCCAGCCGCAUACGUCGCUUCCUCACGCCCCAUGAGGAUCACGGGCUGAAGCUCAAGCUCGCCAGGCGAAGCAAGAAGGCCACCGUGUGAGCGCAGGGAGGGGAAUGAAGAAGAAAAGCGUCUCACUGUUUAGCGAAAGAAAGAUAAAUGUAAAAGAGUGAAGGAUUUUAUAUUGUAUAUCGACGAACAAAUGGCGGGAGAUACGGUUUAAUUCUUUAAAGGAAAUUUAGUUUUGAUAUUUUACGUUUUAUGAUUUUAAGAUAGUAAAAAAAAGGAUGAUUCUUUUUGUUAGUAUCACAUUUUUUUCGGACAAAAUGUUGAAUUCAUCCAAUUUGCUUGGAUUGGCUACUAGCAUUCGAAUUAGGCCCACUUUUGCAAUAAGCAUCAGAGCAACAAUUAUGUACAUGACUUUAAGUUCAGUUCUGUUAUCAUUAUUACGCAAGAGAAUGAUAAAAGUGAUUAGAGUAGUAAUGAAUUUUAGUUCAAGACAAACUAACACAGUUUCAUGAGAAGUUGGGAACUAGAAGACUGUCAAGGUCAUGUAAGGAAUAUUCCAAUACAUAUGUUAAAGUCUUUAUUGUUGAGUGAAGGGUUGUUAAUUGCGUGGAAAUAAAUAUCUUAAAUAUGUCAUCGAAAUUAGGUAAGACUGUCUUAUUUCUUUUAUAAUUAUUUUCUAUUUCCAAAUUAAAAUGGUUGUUCCUG